GGCCGCCGGGCGCUGGGUCUGGGGAUGCGCUGCGGGCUUCUGCGGAGCGCCGUCCGGUGUCUGCGCGCCCGCCUGGCGCCCGGCCCGGGCCCCCGGGCCCUCAGCCUCGGUGGUCCGCCCCUGGAGGAGCUGUUCGCCCGCGGCGGGCCCUUGAGGACCUUACUGGAUCGCCCAGAGGCCCAGUUACAGGGCCGGGGCCCCGAGUUGGUGGCUGCGGCCCGGCUUCUGAGAGAGAAGGAGCGGGAGCUGCGGGAGACCGAGGCCCUGCUGCGCGAUGAGAAUGAAGAUUUACGGAAACUUGCAGAAAAUGAAGUCACUUUGUGUCAAAAAGAAAUAAGUCAGUUGAAGCACCAGAUUAUCUUACUUUUGGUUCCCUCAGAAGAAACAGAUGAAAAUGAUUUGAUCCUGGAGGUAACUGCAGGAGUUGGGGGUCAGGAGGCAAUGUUGUUUACUUCAGAGAUAUUUGAUAUGUAUCAGCAAUAUGCUUCAUUUAAAAGAUGGCAUUUUGAAAUCCUGGAAUACUUUCCAAGUGAAAUAGGUGGCCUUCGACAUGCAUCUGCCAGCAUUGGGGGAUCAGAUGCCUAUAAACACAUGAAAUAUGAAGGAGGGGUACACAGAGUACAGCGAGUACCAAAGACCGAGAAGCAAGGCCGCGUACAUACUAGCACCAUGACAGUGGCAAUCUUGCCCCAACCUACUGAGAUUAAUCUGGUGAUUAAUCCAAAAGAUUUGAGAAUUGACACUAAACGAGCCAGUGGAGCUGGGGGUCAACAUGUAAACACUACAGACAGUGCUGUCCGGAUACUUCAUCUUCCAACAGGUAUUGUUUCUGAGUGCCAGCAAGAGAGAUCACAACUGAAAAACAGAGAAACAGCUAUGAAAAAGCUGCGUGCAAAGCUGUACAGCAUGUAUCUGGAGGAAGAAACAAGUAAAAGAUACAGUGCUAGGAAAGUCCAGGUUGGAACUAAAGGAAGAUCAGAGAAAAUAAGAACAUACAAUUUUCCACAGAACCGGGUCACAGAUCAUAGAAUAAACAAAUCACUGCAUGAUCUGGAAGGUUUUAUGCAAGGAGACUGUCUGCUGGAUGAACUCAUACAGUCACUGAAGGACUAUGCUGAUUAUGAAUCUUUAGUAGAAGUCAUUUCCAAAAAGACUUAAGUUGAUUUGUACUCAUGCUUUUCAUAAAAUGAGGAAAAAUUUUUAGUA